AUGGAACCGUCUGUCAAGAUCUCGCCGACGACAUCCCAGGCGAUAUUGCUACACUUUGCUCUUGAUAUUACGCAUGAAAUGAAGGGAAUUCUCGUUGGUUCGUUAAAAGUGCCUGACGUUUUUGUUGUGACCAUAAUCCCACUUUCGUCAAAUCAGAAUGUAAACUGUUCGGUGAUUGAGUCCAGAUGUCAGGAUUUCAGUCGGUCCACUGGAGCCCAACUUGGCGUAGUUGGCUGGUAUCAUUCUCACAACGACCUUAAUACAGCCUUAACUAAGCAGGAUAUUGACUUUCACUUGAAAUUUAAGGCCAAGUUCCCAAACUCUGUCGCUUUGGUGGGUUUGUUCGGUAGACGUUCAGGUGAUCAACUGGCAAGAGUGAUGUCAUUUACUGCCUACCAGUGUGAUUUAAAUGAGAACCCGGUUCAAAUCCAAUGUUUAGUCAGGCCACUUCUUUUGAAUUCCUUCUCGUCAAAGUACUACGCAGUCGCCUGCCUCGCCCUCGAAAGUGUUCUCAAAAUCGCGGAGGAGUACGUUAGUCAACAAAAAGAAGGUUCGAGCUAUCUGGAUUCUACAAUACUUAAGCCGAUUCUAGUGACCCUCCAAUCCAUGAUUGCGUGGACGAACGACUUAUAG